UGCAGUUCGCUGAUCGAUUCUUGUAGCAUCCACUGUGGCACUACCUUCUUACGCACUACAAGGAACACAAUACCCUUGUCGAGGGCCCACUGAACAACUUACAGCCGAGCAUGAUCCAAUUCAGCAAACCUCGUCGCUCCCUUGUGAAGUCCAUGGACCAGUUCCGUCGCCACGAGACAAAUGCACGGGACUAUAUCCCCAACACUGCAGGUGCAGGCAGAUCUGGUACACCAAGUCGGUUCGACACUAGUUUCUACCGCACCCAUGAUGCUCUUGGAUACAUCCCGUCUGACGUGCAGUCUCUACGCUCGCAAGCCACUUAUUCUUCUGGGCUUCCCAUGUUCGCUGCAGCUGGUGGAUUUGGUCCUGGUAUACCGCGUGGCUCUGGGGGUGUUGGGAAGCGCAGUGCGUACGGCAGCUACGCCAGUUCCAUCAUCUCCCAGGAUGCUGGACCGCCAAGCACCGCAAGCAUCGGCGGUUCUGCCAUGGCAUUCUCGCAGUCAGAUCGCUUACAGAGGCGUGGCUCCUUCUCCUCUGCUGCCGGUGCUUCUGACGUGGCCAGCAUGAGCGGGUAUGAUUAUAAGAGCCAGGAUGGCACGACAGACCUUGACGACGUGAAGAGCCAGUAUGCGGGAACGCAAUCGGGCAUGACUGUGUUCUAGAUGACGUGAGCUAUUCUACUGCCGCGGAUCCUACACGCGCACUCUACGACUGCGCGAGCUGGUAUAUGUGGGACUGGUUCGUGGCUGGUGACGCCAUGACCAGCUAGGCCAGCUCCCUUGCACUUCUUGUCGCAUCUUGGCAGCCUGUCGGUGUCUUCAGGUAGUUCUCUUUCUUCAGAGCGAGCCGGUGGUUGUUAUGCGACAGUCUUCUCGUCGCGUGCACGAAUGUUGCGUUACAUGCGUAUGUCUGCGUAGUGAUCUGCGUGCUACUCUCCCCGUGCGCGGUGUUUGACUUUUAAGUACUUUAU